AUGCAGCAAAACCAGAGUGUAACUGAGUUCAUAUUCUCAGGACUGACGCAGGAGCCUAUGCAGCAGAUAGUGGUGUUCGUAUUGGUCUUAAUUUUCUACACUGGAGCUCUGGUGGGAAAUUUGCUCAUUAUUGUGACCAUCAAGUUCAGCCGUGCUCUUGGGAGUCCCAUGUACUUCUUUCUAUUUUAUUUGUCCUUUGCUGAUACCUGCUUUUCAACUUCCAUAGCCCCUAGAUUAAUUGUGGAUGCACUCUCUGCAAAGAAAGUCAUAUCUUACAGUGAGUGCAUGCUGCAAGUCUUUGUAUUGCAUUUAUUUGGGUCGAUGGAAGUGUUUGUCCUCAUCCUCAUGGCUGUUGAUAGGUAUGUGGCCAUCUGUAAGCCCUUGCAUUACGUGACCAUUAUGAGACGACAGGUCUGCAUCAUCUUGAUUAUUCUAGCCUGGACCGGGUCUUUUACACAUUCUAUAACUCAGAUUGUCCUGACAUUGCAACUGCCCUUCUGUGGAUCCAAUUUGAUUGAUCAUUAUUGCUGUGAUUUGCAACCCUUAUUGAAACUUGCCUGUACAGAUACUUAUGUGAUAAAUCUACAGUUGGUGUUCAAUAGUGGGGUUAUUUGCCUGAGUGGUUUUGUGCUUUUAAUGAUCUCAUACUUUGUUACCUUGCGUUCACUAAGAAACCAUAGUGCAGAAGGCAGGAAAAAAGCCCUUUCCACUUGCACCUCUCACAUCACUGUUGUCAUCUUAUUCUUUGGUCCAUCUGUAUUCAUAUAUACACGCCCACCAACCACCCUCCCCAUGGACAAGAUGGUGGCAAUUUUUUAUACAAUUGGGACACCAUUUCUCAACCCAAUCAUCUAUACACUAAGGAAUGCAGAAAUGAAAACUGCUAUGAGAAAAUUAUGGAUUCUCAAAAUUACAUCAGAUAUCAAAUGA